UUUAAAUGAGGGUCUAUUUAUGCAGCAUAAAAAUAAAAAUCAGUCAAAGUGAAUCUCACAUCGAUAAUCCCACUUUUAAUAUGAUAUUAGUCAAUAUAUAAUUAUAUAUUGGUGAUAAAAGACGCCAAAUUAGGAUCCGAGACGUACGGAUCGGGCGAUGCAAAUGUGCUGAAUCCGAGUUUAUAGGUGAUGAUGGGGCUCAACUUCAACUGAAUGCCAAAAGCCCACUCCUCCACCAUCCCUCAACCUCAAGACGAGGGGCUAACCCCAUUUUCUAUCUCCAGGUUGGAGUCCAUUGUUUGUCUGAUGUGGUAUAAUUUAUCCAUUAUAGAUCAAAUUCCGAUGAGAUCCGCUGCCAUUUACUUUUCCAUGUUGCAAGCCCCCAGAGGCAGGAUCCAUGGCUUAGCUAACUUUUGUUGGGAAAGCUUCCGCGGUAUAAGUUGCAGUCAUGUAAAUAGUUCGAGCCUCAAGCCACUUGCUUCCAAGUAUGGGGUUCAAGGAGGUUACAGUAGGAGAUGGAUUAGAAGGCCUAUGACAACAAAAACAGGUGGGAGAAACAAGACUAACCAGGCUGCUAAACCAAGUAACCUUGUGCGUAAAAUUGUAGAUGAAAAGGUGUCAACAAGCACUGCAUUGGAUUUAAAUAAAGCAGAUGAAACAAGUAAACAUCAACAGAUUCAGUACUGUGGUAUUAAACAGAUGAUUGCAGAGAACAAAGACUUAGCCGACCUUGUAACGUUUAUCAUUUAUGAUACUGAAACUUCGGGCUUUAGUAGAAAAGCUGACCGAAUCAUCGAGAUAGCUCUUCAGGAUCUGGCAGGAGGUGAAAACAGCACAUUCCAGACUUUGGUUAAUCCCGGAUGCUUUGUUGCAAAUUCUCAUAUUCAUGGCAUCACAAGCAACAUGGUUUGUAGGCCUGAUGUUCCAAGGAUGGAGCAACUAAUACCAAUCCUGCUGCAGUUUAUAAAAAGCCGUCAGAAACCCGGGGGUUAUGUAUUGUGGGGUGCUCACAAUAGUUUUGCAUUUGAUUUACCAUUUUUAAUCAAUGAAUUCAGUCGUUGCUCAUAUGAGAUUCCUCCGAAUUGGUUGUUUAUGGACACCAUUCCUCUCGCCCGUGAACUGAUGAAGUCCGGAGGGUCCAACCUCCCUUCGGGAACAUCCUUACAAGCACUUCGAGAGCACUACAAGAUCCCAUUAGUUGGUUCAGCACACAGAGCCAUGUCUGAUGUAAGAACCUUAUCAAUGAUUCUACAGAUGUUAACAUUUGACUUGAAACUCACACUCCCAAACCUUGUCACAAGAUCUUUCACUGCCUUUGAAUAUGUCAACAAUAAAAGGAAAAAGAGUUGAGCCUUAGUUUCGAGGUGGUUUAUCCUGUAUUUAAUUAUUUGUUGUAUUCCUUAAACUCCAUUCUUACCAAUAAAAUGCUAAGCUGCAUUUGUGAUUCAAUCACUAUAUGAAUCAUGUUUAUUUGGAAA